AUGGCAGCCUGUGAGAACCUGCCUGUGGAGCAGAGUGGUGGCCUGGCGGUGUUGGCUAUGGCACCCCAACAAUGCUUUGAGCAGGUGGCAGAGCUGAGUGUCAAGCCAAUCGAAUCAGGCAGUGAUGCUGAACGCCUAGGCAGGCCACAGGAGUAUAUAAAGACUUUAGCCUUCUCUGCUGUGCCUGACAAAACUGUUGCAGAGGGGAAACAAGCAACAAGCAUGCUGAACACACAUAUACAGACACAGCAAAGGGUCUGGAGUAAGAUGUCCAGUGGGAUUUAUAUGGCAUCCCUGCUCUUCUCUCUUGUGUCAGGACAUCUUCAAGGAAAGAUUUUGCAGCUGGAUUCUGUUGUGACUGCUAAAGAGGGAGAUGAUGUGACCUUAUCAUGUCUUCACCCCACAGACCAAAUAAACAAGGUGCUGUGGUACCAACAACCAAUUGGACAGAAACCUCUUCUGGUCACCUCUUCAUAUUAUCACUCUCUACCAUUUGAAUUUCAUAAUGACUUUGACAAGACAAAACGCUUUGAUUUAUCAAGAGCAGCUGGCAGCUCAAACCUCACUAUCACUAAGGUUGAACCAUCUGAUUCGGCAGUGUACUACUGCGCUGGCUCUUUCUCAAACAUUGUCAGCUUUGGCGCUGGCACAGUUUUGGUGCUCAAAGGACAAGAUUACAAGAAAUAUACUGUUCUGCAGCCCACUGGACCACAGAUACUACAGCCAGAAGACUCUGUGUCUCUGCAGUGUACAGUGCUCACUCAGGGCUGUUCAGGAGAACACAGUGUGUACUGGUUCAGACAUGGAUCAGGAGAAUCUCAUCCAGGAAUCAUUUACACUCAUGGAAACAGGAGUGAUGAGUGUAAGAAAAGCUCUGAGACUGAUUCUCCUACACAGAGCUGUGUCUACAAACUCCCCAAGAGAAACCUCAGCCUCUCUGAUGCUGGAACUUACUACUGUGCUGUGGCUGCAUGUGGACAGAUACUGUUUGGGAAAGGAGCUGAACUCAAAGUUGAUGAACCUGGUGGAGAAAGCAUGCAUGUCACCAUAAUGAUUUGCCUGGCAGUGCUGUUAUUUAUAAGCUUGACCAUCAAUGUUUGUUUAUGUUUAACAUGCAGAAAAAAGGGUAAGCACUCUAAUACAUGUUACAACCUGAAUCAUGAGAUGAACUACGCGGCUUUAAAAUUCAACACCAAAAGCACUAAAGUGAAGAGAGUGAGACAGCAGGAGGAGACAGUGUACUCCAGAGUAACAGGGCAAAACCAGAUAUGA